ACAGAGCUUUGAAAUAUUAGACAAAUGUAUGGACAGGGAUGACAGGUGGAAAUAGACAGGCAUGUUUUGUACAGGGACUGCCACGUGCAGGCCUGACGGCUUCCUGCACCAACCCUUGUGUUCUUGUGUGCUGCUGCUGCUGCUGCUGCUGCAAAAUCUCUUCCUAUUAAUCCCUUUCUUUGCUGUGAAUGCUUGUGGAGGUUUUACACAUUGCUUUUAGUGCUGCGAAGUGUUGACUGUCGCUGUGAAAGGGUUGAAAGGUUAAUGAUCCUGGGAGGCAAAGAAAACUGCUGGUCUGUGCAUCAAUAGCCGUGGUGUUCUGAUGGUCUGCCUUCUUCAUCACUUCUCACCAAAACAAGAAAACAACAAAACUUGAUUGAAAAACAAGCCACAGAGACAGGCAGAGCGGGUGGGAGUGCAGGGGAGAGGGAGAGGGAGAGAGGACGGUGUGGGAGACAAGACAGAUAUGGAGAGAGAUGAUACUUAACAUUGCAUCUCUUGCUAUUCAAAGCUAGGUGAGUGUGUUGAAGCCUCCCUCCUGAAAGAGUUCAAGUCACCGGCAGGGGGAAACAGCAGCAGGCAGGGAGUUCAGGAGUGUGCCAGUAAAGGGGAUGAGAGACUGAGAAUACUGGUUAACUCUUGCAUCAGGGAGGUGGACAGAAUAGUGGUGAAAGAUUGAGAAUACUGAUUAACUCUUUCAUUCAGGAGGUGGACAGUAUAGUGGUGAUAGAUUGAGAAUAUUGGUUAAUUCUUGCACCAGGGAGCUGCAGACAAUAGUGGUGAAAGAUUGAGAAUACUGGUUAACUCUUGCAUCAGAGAGGUGGACAGAAUAGUGGUGAAAGGUUGAGAAUACUGAUUAACUCUUGCAUUCAGGAGGUGGACAGUAUAGUGGUGAAGGAUUGAGAAUACAGGUUAACUCUUGCAUUAGAUAGGUGGACAGAGUAGUAGUGAAAAAUUGAGAAUACUGGUUAACUUGCACUACGGAAGUGGAGACAAUAGUGCUGAAAGAUUGAGAAUGCUGGUUAACUUGCAUUCAGAAGGUGGACAGAAUAGUGGUGAAAGAUUGAGAAUGCUGGUUAAAUCGUGCAUUAGGGAGGUGGACAGAAUAGUGGUGAAAGAUUGAGAAUACUGGUUAACUCUUGCAUUAGAGAGGUGGAGGCAAUAGUGGUGAAAGAUUGAGAAUACUUGUUAACUCUUGCAUUAGGGAGGUGGACAGAAUAGUGGUGAAAUAUUGAGAAUACUGGUUAACUCUUGCAUUAGGGAGGUGGACUGAUAAGUGGUGAAAGACUGAGAAUACUGGUUAACUAUUGCAUUAGGGAGGUCAACAGAAUACUGGUUAAAUCUUGCAUCAGGGAGGUGGACAAAAUAGUGGUGAAAGAUUGAGAAUACUGGUUAACUCUUGCAUCAAGGAAGUGGACAGAAUAGUGGUGAAAGAUUGAGAAUACUGGUUAAAUCUUGCAUCAGGGAGGUGGACAGAAUAGUGGUGAAAGAUUGAGAAUACUGGUUAACUCUUGCAUCAGGGAGGUGGACAGAAUAGUGGUGAAAGAUUGAGAAUACUGGUUAACUCUUGCAUCAGGGAGGUGGACAGAAUAGUGGUGAAAGAUUGAGAAUAAUGGUUAACUCUUGCAUCAGGGAGGUGGACAGAAUAGUGAUAAAAGAUUGAGAAUACUGGUUAACUCUUGCAUCAGAGAGGUGGACAGGAUAGUGGUGGAAGAUUGAGAAUACUGGUUAACUCUUGCAUCAGGGUGGAGACAAUAGUGGUGAGAAAGUAAGGCCUCUUAUCAAAUUAUAUUGAGAUUUUUUGGCCAAAUAGUUAGGAGUAUAUAAAAUUUCAAUAAAAUUGCUAGCAAGAUCUGCCCCCAAGCUUGAAAGAGGCAGAGACAGCAAGGAAGUGGUUCUCAGAGUGGGGUGUGACGAAUAGACUGCAUCAGUAGUCAGUAGGGAGCUGUGAAAGAAGACUGCAGCAGUGUGUGGACAGAGAUGGCAGGUGGAAAUAGAUAGGCGUGUUUUGUACAGGGACUGCCACUUGUAGGUGUGAUGGCUUCCUGCUCCAGCUCUUGUGUUCUUGUGUACUACUGCUACUUGGAAGGCUCUGCAAUGGUGCCACCUUAAGUCCACUGCAACACACUUGUCCUCCAAUGUACGAUAAUGUACCAAGGUCCUUAAGAAUGGCAUUUAUUGAUUUUAUGAUCAUUAUUAUUAUUUAUUUAUUUUUUUACAGUGUCUCUCUUAAAUAGAAAAACAAUAAUAAAAAGUGUAAUAUAUAUAUAUAUAUUUUUUUUUGGUUAUUUGGUAACUUUGUUUUUCGCGUUUAAUGACAAAUUAAGUUGGUGGCAAGAGGAGUAGACAUUUCAAGUUACCCUCCAUUUCCACCCAUGGCUUGCUGGUUCUCUAACACUUGGUCAAAAUUUAUGAAUCAUUAAUAAAUGAUUAUUUGUUUGAUAUUGUAAAGAAAAAGAAAAAAAAAACGAAAAAAGUGCCAGCAGAAAUCUGUGUGUAGAGUGCCGUUAGAAAAACAAAAAAUGAAGACAAGACUAAGAGUGACGACGAUGGGAGGCAUGAAUGCGCACACCGGUGUUGUAGGUGAGGAGGUGAAUAGGAAUGGUGAGAUGCUUGAUGAGUUUGUGAGUGAGAUGGACGUGGAAAACCUGAAUGAGACCCUGGCGUGGUGUGGCAGGAAGCAGCAGUCUGCGAUUGACUACAAGCUAGUGAAUGGGAGGAUGGUGAGAGUGUGUACUGCAUGUGCAUUGAUGAGCACGUUGUGACGGACUUUGUCUCAGAACAUAGUAUGCUGGCGUUAGAAUGUUGAGUGGGAGAAGAAUGAAAAGAUAAGCAUGGUGAACCAGUGGGUGGGUCGACUAGGAAGUGCAGCAAGGAUGAGAGCCAGUAAGUAUGACGUGCUGCGAGAACUUUGGAAGAGCGUGGCUGUUCCGAGCAUUGUGUUUGGUAUGGACGUGAUUGUGUGGAAUGAGAAUGAACUAGAGAAUGUAAAAGUAGGAGAGAAUAGAGUAGCAAGAAUGGCACUGAAUGCACCAAGGUAUGCAGCGAUAGAGGCUUUUUAGGGGAGACAUGGGCUGGAGUACUUUGAGAGAGAGAGAGAGAGAGAGAGAGAGUAGCAGGUGGGGGAAGAAGUGUGUUAGGAUGGCAGUUAAAAAAGGCUUGGAAACUAGGUGGGCUUUUCAGCGGCUUGAGGGGACGCAUGUUGAGAGUGACUGGAGUAUGAUUGCUAGAAAUGGAGAGGGUUUAGAUUGGGGUGUAAGAAAGUGGAAGAGUGAGAUGGAGUAGUGAAACAUGUGGGACUGAGUGAAUGGAAGAGUAAGAUGGAACAAAAGAGUACUUUGGCGUGGUAUUGGCGAGAGAAAGAGGCCCCGACGUAUGCUAGGUGGUAUAAUGGAAGCCUGAGAGGCGAUCUCUUUCGAGCGAGGGCACAGUGUAUGGAUGUGAAUGCAGGGAGUUACAGAUGGUCCGAGUCCAGCAGCGAAGUGUGCCAGACGUGUGACAUGGGAGAGGAUGAGACGGUGGAGCGUGUGGUGCUGGAGUGUGUGAAGUAUGCCAGAGACAGGAAUGAGAUGAUGCAAGUGGUGCUGAGGGAACUGGGGAACGUCACAGUGGAGAAGACAGGAAGGGAGUGGAUGGUGUUGCUGCUGGGACUGUGUGGGGAGACGAAUGGAAGGAUGAUUGAGGCUGUCAAAGUGUUUCUGCAGAAAAUGUGGACCGCUAGAUGUAGGAGUUAGUGGUGUGAAAUAUGGCGUCUGUUUUACGUUUGCCUUUUUUUUUUUUUUUUUUUUCCUCUCUAACGGGAGUUAUCAAUAAAAAAAAAGAAAACUGACAUGAGCAAUCCCCAGGUAUGAAAGAUGAUGCAUGUUUUUCUGUUUAAUAUUUUUGUUUUUUCCUGUUUUUCGUACAGGAUUUGCCGUUAUGAAGGCUUGAUUCAGGAGUAAUCCCAAGCCUCCCUAGGCGUCAAAAUCAAGAUUAAGUUCGAGCCACCCUGAAGAAAGAACUUUUUGGUGAGCUGUGGCGGUGUGUACAAGUGGCUUUGCCUUGCUCUCUGAGUUUUCUCUGAGUUUUGUGGUUUAUGUUCUCUUGCCUGUGUGCUGAAAUACCCUGAAAAUGGUGAUGAGCGCGUGUGGUUCAUGCGAGGAGAGUGUGGCGAACAAGCAAAGGGCUGUGGCAUGCGAGAGAUGCAUGGCCUGGUUCCAUGUAGCCUGUGUGGGCAUGAGGGAGGCCAACAUGAAGGCGCUGGGGUUCGAGCUUCUGGUGUUCCUCUGCAGGGAAUGCCUGAGCAAGAGCCUCAAUGAGUGGAGGAACCAGGAUGAGGAAAAAGAAGAGAGAGUGGAGCAGAGCACCCAGACAGAAAACCUGAUGAAAGAGGCAGAAGCACAGACGACGAAGACUGAAGAGAGAAAAGACCAGCAAGAAGUGGUGGAAGUGGCCAGAACAGACAGACGCCCAAGGAAGAAGAGAAUGGUAAUCAAGAAAGCCCCAGUACGUGUCAUUGGAGACAGCAUGGUAAGGAAGACUCCCGACUUUGUGAGAAGGGAAAUUGAGUGCACCAGCAUGGGAGGUGCUAAGAUCCAAGACGUCAAGAGGAAAGUCAAGGAAGAAGUGCAAGAAAUGGAAGAGAGAAGCCUGCUAGUUGUCCAAGGAGGAGGCAACAACUUAGUAGAGGCAGGUGCUGAAGACACAGUAAAGGAAGUGAUAGAAGCAGUGAGGGCAGCAGAAGAAAAGAAGAUGUGUGUGGCUGUGGUGGGGGUCCUGCGGCGCCCACGGGAAGGAGUGCAGUAGGAGAAGGUCAGAAGAGAAACGAACCGCAAGAUAUGCAUGGAACUCAUGAAGGUCAAGAUGGAAUGGAUGGCAGAUAAGAAGGGCAACGUGAGCUUCCUGGACAUGGAUGGGAUCCUCGACCAGGACAAAUUCUUCGGGAGAGACGGGGUCCACCUCAACCACAACGGGAAUGAGAGGCUAGGACGUCGACUGGCCGAGUGGAUGAGGGCGAGGCAGGUGUGUUGUGUGGACGAGGCAUGACGAGGAGGACCCACUGAUGUCAGCGAACAUGGAAGAAAAGAGACUAGCCAGGCAAGUAAAUGUGUGAAGAUUGGCUGUAUGAAUGUGAGAGGAUGGGGUGUGGGCAAGUUUGAGGAUGUAUGCAAGGAGCUCAGGGAGUGGAGGUUCGACUUAGUCGGGCUCACUGAGACUCACCUGAGAGAUGAUGUACGAAUGGAGGGAUGCGAGUAUGUUAUGACUGGAAAGGAGCGUAAGGCACAGGAAACGAGUAGAAAUGGAAAUGAGGAAAUGAGUAGACAGUGUAGAUGGCUGAGGAAAAAGAGGCAUGAAAGCGAUGAGGCAAAGAAUGAGUAUGAGAAUGCAUGGGCCGCGUAUGUGAAGCAGCAGCGGUUCACAAGACGAAUGAUAAUGAAUGCUAAAGUGAAGAGUGAAAGGAGUAUGAUUCAAUCUUUAAGGGAGAAAGGUAUGGAAGGUGGCCGUGAAUGGUACAAGUUCAUGAGAGGUGAGAAUAUGUGAGGCAGUGUUGGCGUGGAGAGUCUAAAAGUGGAGGGUGUAGUUAUAACAGAGAAGGACGGAAUCAGGGAGGCAAUCAAAGGGUUCUGGGAAGAAGUAGGUGGGGUAGGUGAGAUGUUUAGUGUGAGAGAAGAAUGUGUAACACUGGAAAGGAAGAAUGCAGAUGAACUGGAUGAAAGAAUCAGUAGGGAUAAAGUGGCGAGGUGUGUGAGAAGGCAGAAGAAUGGCAAGGCAGCAGGUCCAGAUGAUAUACCCUAUGAGUUCUACAAGAAUGGUGGGGAGGUAGUGAUAGACAGAAUGACUGAGUUAUUCAACCGAGUGUGUGAUGAAGAGAGAGUGCCAAGAAAGUGGAAUGAGAGCAGAGUGUGUCUGUUGCAUAAGGGGGGAUUUAAGAGUAAGAAUGAGCUGAAGAACUACAGGCCAAUUGCAUUAGUGAGUACAAUAAGUAAAGUUUUCAGUGCAGUGUUGAAUGAGAGACUGUGUAAAUGGAUUGAGAGAGCUGGAGUGCUGGGUGAAGAACAGAAUGGUUUUCGUAGGGACAGGAGAGCUGAGGACAAUAUGUUUGUGGUGAAUGAAAUGAUUGAGAAGAAAAAGAAGGAUGGGGGUAAUUUGGAUAUAGAGAAAGCUUAUGAUAGAGUGAACAGAGAAAUGCUAGGUAGAGUCUUAGAAAAGAUUGGAUUGAGUGCAAAGAUAGUUAACAUAGUGCAAAGUAUGUAUGUGGACACAAGAGCUAGAUACAGGCUAGGAGACAUAGAAACAGACUGGGUGAUGAGUGAGAGAGGAGUUAGGCAGGGCUGUAUAUUGUCACCAACCCUUUUUAGCCUGUAUACAGAGGAGCUAGCAGCCAGGAUGAGAAGAAUGAAUGUAGGGGUAAGUGUGGGGAAUGAAAAAUAUGUGUGCUCCUUUAUGCAGAUGACGUAGUUGUUAUGAGUGAAUCGGCAGAUGAGCUUCAAAGUUUGUUGGAUGUAGUGGAUGGCUAUGGUAAAGACUUUGGAGUAAGGUUUAGCAGUGAGAAAAGCAAAGUAAUGAUUGUGAAUAGGUCAGAGGAUGAAAGUAAUGUGGUAUGGAGACUUGGAGAGAAUGAGUUGAGACAGGUGCAAGAAUACAAGUACUUGGGGAUGUGGAUGAGUCCUAGUGGGUGUGCAAAGGCAAAAAAUGAAAAGAUAAGUAUGGUAAACCAGUGGGUAGGUCGAUUGGGAAGCGCGGCAAGGAUGAGAGCAAGUAAGUAUGAUGUGUUGAGAGAAGUGUGGAAGAGUGUGGCUGUGCCAUGUAUAAUGUAUGGUAUGGAUGUGAUUCCAUGCAAUGAAAGUGAAAUUGAUAAGUUAGAAGUGGGCCAGAACAAAGUAGCAAGGAUGGCACUGAGUGCACCGAGGUGCACAGCAGUUGAAGCCUUGAGAGGUGACAUGGGAUGGAGCACCUUUAGAGAAAGACUGACAAAAGCCACACUUAGGUACAAGAUUAGGUUUGAGAGAAUGGAUGAUGCAAGAAUAUAAAGGAAGGUGUACCUGUGGAAUGAAAGUGGAAGCAAAUGGAGGAAGAGAUGCAUGAGAAUGACCGACAGGAAUGGAUUGCAAGUUGUGUGGGCGAUAAGAAUGGCUGGGAGGAAUCAAAAUGAGCGUGAAUGGGUGGUAACAAGAGGAGGCAGAGUGGGAGCCGAAUGGGAUGUGAGAAAAUGGAAGAAUGAGAUAGACAAAGAAGUGAAAUGUGUGGGACUGAAUGAAUGGAAGAAUGAAAUGGAAAGAAAGAAGACCCUGGAAUGGUACAAGAAGAAAGAGGCCCCGAGGUAUGAAAGGUGGUAUGAUGGAAGCCUGGGCGGUGAUCUUCUCUUCCGAGCGAGGGCACAGUGUAUGGAUGUGAAUGCAAGGAGUUACAGGUGGUCUGAGUCCCGCAGCAAAGUGUGCCAGAUGUGUGACAUGGGAGAGGAUGAGACGGUGGAACAUGUGGUGCUGGAGUGUGUGCAGUAUGCCAGAGACAGGAAUGAGAUGAUGCAAGUGAUACUGACUGAGUUAGGGCAUGAUAGGAAUGAAAGAGUGGAGAAGACAGGAUAGGAAUGGAUGGUGUUGUUGCUGGGACUGUGUAGAGAGGCGAAUGAAAGGAUGAUUGAGGCGGUGAAAGAGUUUCUGGAGAGAAUGUGGCGUGCCAGGUGUAUGAACAAUUAGGAUAAAGGAUACUGUUCGUUUCUCUUUUUUUUUUUUUUUUUUUUUCCUUCUACAGGAGUUGCCGAUCCAAAGGCCUGGCUCAGGAGUGAUCCUGUGCCACCUGUACCAUCAAGAUCAAGAUCAAGAUCUGGCGCCAAGUUACUUGUGAGAAAAGCAAAGUAAUGAUUGUGAAUAGAUCAGAGGAUGAAAGUAAUGUGGUAUGGAGACUUGGAGAGAAUGAGUUGAGACAGGUGCAAGAAUACAAGUACUUAGGGAUGUGGAUGAGUCCUAGUGGGUGUGCAAAGGCAAAGAAUGAAAAGAUAAGUAUGCUAAACCAGUGGGUAGGUCGAUUGGGAAGCGCGGCAAGGAUGAGAGCAAGUAAGUAUGAUGUGUUGAGAGAAGUGUGGAAGAGUGUGGCUGUGCCAUGUAUAAUGUAUGGUAUGGAUGUGAUUGCAUGGAAUGAAAGUGAAAUUGAUAAGUUAGAAGUGGGCCAGAACAAAGUAGCAAGGAUGGCACUGAGUGCACCGAGGUGCACAGCAGUUGAAGCCUUGAGAGGUGACAUGGGAUGGAGCACCUUCAGAGAAAGACUGACAAAAGCCACACUUAGGUACAAGAUUAGGCUUGAGAGAAUGGAUGAUGCAAGAAUAGCAAGGAAGGUGUACCUGUGGAAUGAAAGUGGAAGCAAAUGGAGGAAGAGAUGCAUGAGAAUGACAGACAGGAAUGGAUUGCAAGUUGUGUGGGCGAUAAGAAUGGCUGGGAGGAAUCAAAAAGAGCGUGAAUGGGUGGUAACAAGAGGAGGAAGAGUGGGAGCCGAAUGGGAUGUGAGAAAAUGGAAGAAUGAGAUAGACAAAGAAGUGAAAUAUGUGGGACUGAAUGAAUGGAAGAAUGAGAUGGAAAGAAAGAAGACCCUGGAAUGGUACAAGGAGAAAGAGGCCCCGAGGUAUGAAAGGUGGUAUGAUGGAAGCCUGGGCGGUGAUCUUUUCCGAGCGAGGGCACAGUGUAUGGAUGUGAAUGCAAGGAGUUACAGGUGGUCUGAGUCCCGCAGCAAAGUGUGCCAGAUGUGUGACAUGGGAGAGGAUGAGACGGUGGAACAUGUGGUGCUGGAGUGUGUGCAGUAUGCCAGAGACAGGAAUGAGAUGAUGCAAGUGAUACUGACUGAGUUAGGGCAUGAUAGGAAUGAAAGAGUGGAGAAGACAGGAAAGGAAUGGAUGGUGUUGUUGCUGGGACUGGGUAGAGAGGCCAAUGAAAGGAUGAUUGAGGCGGUGAAAGAGUUUCUGGAGAGAAUGUGGCGUGCCAGGUGUAUGAACAAUUAGGAUAGAGGAUGCUGUUCGUUUCUCUUUUUUUUUUUCCCCCUUUCUACAGGAGUUGCCGAUCCAAAGGCCUGGCUCAGGAGUGAUCCUGUGCCACCUGUACCAUCAAGAUCAAGAUCAAGAUUGUGUGUUUUGUUGUCUGUGUCUGUUGGAGCGUCCGCGUGCUGCGUGGUGGUCAGUGGUCAGGUCACGCUGAGUGUGCGGCAGCUUGUGCCUGUGUCUGAGCUGGCCUGGGUCACCUGUGGUCACCUGUCCACUCUGUGUCUGGUGGAGGGAACAGACAAGACGUCAGCGUGGUGGUCAGUGGUCAGGUCACGCUGAGUGUGCGGCAGCUUGUGCCUGUGUCUGAGCUGGCCUGGGUCACCUGUGGUCACCUGUCCACUCUGUGUCUGGUGGAGGGAACAGACAAGACGUCAGCGUGGUGGUCAGUGGUCAGGUCACGCUGAGUGUGCGGCAGCUUGCGCCUGUGUCUGAGCUGGCCUGGGUCACCUGUGGUCACGUGGCGGCGCCUCCCUGGGCUCACCUGAGGGCGUGCAGGAGAACAGACGCGGUGAAAGAGCAAGGCCAGACUGGCAAGUCCUCCUGUCCAUUGUGCCCCAGAGCCUCUCAGAUCAGUGGCUGGCAAGUCCUCCCAUCCUCUCUGCCCCAGAGCCCCUCAGGUGCAAGGUCGGUGUGCAUCCUUGGUGCAGCCCCAGGGUUCCUGCAGGACCAGCCACGGCCAGGAGCAGCGUAGCAAUGGAGGGUGCGAGGCCAGGCAGCAGCAGCAGCAGCAGCAGCAGUAGUAACAGCCUGGAGCAGCAGGCAAGCCCAGGCUGGAGGACCUACACUUGUGACCACUGCGGCAAAGUGUGCUCCACCAAGGCUGCCAUUGCCAGACACGUCCUCUCCCAUGCCAGCAAGACAAGGCUGAGAGGCAGGAGUGGCCCCGCUGAACACACUGCCACCCACACUGGUGGCAGGAACCACAAGUGUGACCUCUGCGGGAAGACAUUUGUCUGGAAGAGUCAUCUUGCCUCACACAUCCUCACCCACACUGGGGAGAGAAAGUUCCAGUGCCUGGAGUGUGGGAAAAGAUUUACCCAGGAGAGUCAUCUUAACAGACACAUCCUCAUCCACACUGGGGAGAGAAAGUUCCAGUGCCUGGAGUGUGGGAAAAGAUUUACCCAGGAGAGUCAUCUUAACACACACAUCCUCACCCACACUGGGGAGAGAAAGUUCCAGUGCCUGGAGUGUGGGAAAAGAUUUACCCGGAAGGGUUCCCUUAACACACACAUCCUCACCCACACUGGGGAGAGAAAGUUCCAGUGCCUGGAGUGUAUGAAAAAAUUUACCCAGAAAAGUGAUCUUAACACACACAUCCUCAUCCACACUGGGGAGAGAAAGUUCCAGUGCCUGGAGUGUGGGAAAAGAUUUAUCAACAAAAGUAAUCUUAACAAACACAUCCUCAUCCACACUGGGGAGAGAAAGUUCCAAUGCCUGGAGUGUGGGAAAAGAUUUAUCCACAAAAAUCAUCUUAACAGACACAUCCUCACCCACACUGGGGAGAGAAAGUUCCAGUGCCUGGAGUGUGGGAAAAGAUUUAUCCACAAAAAUCAUCUUAACAGACACAUCCUCACCCACACUGGGGAGAGAAAGUUCCAGUGCCUGGAGUGUGGGAAAAGAUUUACCCGGAAGGGUUCCCUUAACACACACAUCCUCACCCACACUGGGGAGAGAAAGUUCCAGUGCCUGGAGUGUAUGAAAAAAUUUACCCAGAAAAGUGAUCUUAACACACACAUCCUCACCCACACUGGGGAGAGAAAGUUCCAGUGCCUGGAGUGUGGGAAAAGAUUUACCCGGAAGGGUUCCCUUAACACACACAUCCUCACCCACACUGGGGAGAGAAAGUUCCAGUGCCUGGAGUGUGGGAAAAGAUUUACCCAGAAGUGUACUCUUGACAGUCACAUCCUCACCCACACUGGGGAGAGAAAGUUCCAGUGCCUGGAGUGUGGGAAAAGAUUUACCCGGAAGGGUUCCCUUAACACACACAUCCUCACCCACACUGGGGAGAGAAAGUUCCAGUGCCUGGAGUGUGGGAAAAGAUUUACCCGGAAGGGUACUCUUGAGAGACACAUCCUCACCCACACUGGAAAGAAGAGAAAACAGCCAAAAUAAUAGCUGUUGCAGUCCCCGGUGACUCCGGCCUCAGUAGAGCUGAAAGGCACAAAACUACAAAAUAUCACGACCUAAAAAGUGACCUGGGAACAACAUGGUCGCCGAUGGACACCGGUAUAAUACCAGUGGUGGUGUGGGCGACAGGGCUAAUGAAGAAAACCUUGAGAGCUGCCUGGAGGCAAUCCCCGGUCGCCCAAGUGCCCACGAGGUACACACAGCUGCGGUCAAGGGAACGGUCGCCACGCUGAACAUAACCCUCGGAUGGAAUGCCGGCGCUGCUGAGGGUGUGACCGCUAACACCAGGCUUGGGGCCCAUUGCACUCACCAGACAACAAAACAGGAAAGUGCAGGAAACGGGGAGAGAAUGUUCCCGUGCCUGCAGUGUGGGAAAAGAUUUACCCACAAAGGUAAUCUUAACACACACAUCCUCACCCACAUUGGGGCUUGUACAAACUCAGUGCACCCUGAGUGUAGGAAGACAGAAGGAAGCAGAAACAGAAGGAUCUGCUCUGAACCACCCUGGAGAGAGAAACUGCAGCAGAGGAUCACCCAUCAAAGAGAAGAAAUCUGGCAGAUAACAAGCUUCCUGUAAGACCAAAACGACACAAGGAACCUCCUCAAGAAAACAGACAGAAUGACAGGAAGGUGCAGCGCAAGCAACGGCCGGCCGGGCGGAAGACCGGCAGGGGCCGAGCCCCGGCCGAAGCCUUGGCACCACAGAUGAGGACAAAGACAAGAAAAUAAAGGCCAGAAAGAUGAAGAGGCAGCUUGCAGAAAAGCCAGGGGUGGUGUGCAGACACAUGGCAAAGACCUCAAUAGAAGUACAACACCCACCCGAGAAAGAAGUGGCCGAGGGAUGCUGCAGGCCACUGCUGGAAGACCCCACGCAGCAUCAGGCAGCCCCUGGGAUACAGACCACCACGGUUAAACACACAAGUAAACAACAAUGCCAGCUGUUCAGCUUACAGAGGAAGGUCUGCUGAGAAAGAGAGUGAGUCAAUGCAGCAAGUUUGAGGCUCCAGGUGUAGACAAAGCCCCAAGUUUUGGGUCAGAAAGAUUACACGAGUGCACCGUUCCGUGCACUCGUUUGUACCAGACUACAGAAAGGAAAAGAGGAGCCCCCACAAUGGCUGGCCACUGGAAACACAAGCCUGCCACCAAACGCCAGCCAGACUCCACUGCCAUCCAGACACGGAGCCGUCCGCUGCCCGUCAACAACACGCAGGUGGCCGACAGAGACACCGGUGUGGAGUUUGGUCUGGUGGAGUGCUCCACAUGCACCGGCAGGACUGGCAAGAAGGUAGCACCAGAAACACACACACUGGUGAACAGGACUGCAUUCAACACCUUGCCAUUCAACACCUUGCUCAACACUUCACAUGCAGGUGUUUGGGAACACAAGAGAAUGCCACACUACAACAUAAAAAAUGAGAAAAACAAUCAACAAAGAAUUACCUUAACACCUUGAAAAAGAUUCGCAGGUCAGAACUAACACCAAAAAACAAGACUACUGCCACAAACCAGCUGGCAGUACCAGUAGUGACUUGUGGGUGUGGUGUGGUGUGGUGACUGGCCACAAGACUGCUGCCACAAACCAGCUGGCAGUACCAGUAGUGACUUGUGGGUGUGGUGUGGUGUGGUGACUGGCCACAAGACUACUGCCACAAACCAGCUGGCAGUACCAGUAGUGACUUGUGGGUGUGGUGUGGUGUGGUGACUGGCCACAAGACUACUGCCACAAACCAGCUGGCAGUACCAGUAGUGACUUGUGGGUGUGGUGUGGUGUGGUGACUGGCCAAAAGGUUUAUUCUGAAAUGUAAUCUUGACAAACAUCCUCACCCACACUGUGGUAAGGAAGUACAGGUGUGGUGUUUGUGGCAGUGUUUCUGUAGGAAGAGUGGUGUUGCCAGACACAUCCAAACACUCCUGUGGGGGUGAGGUGUUGUGGAUGUGCUGGUGGUGUGUGAGGGACUUGGAGUGACUAGUGUUUGUGUGUUGUUACUUUGUACUCAAGUGUUGGAAUAAACUUUUGUUGCUAGAA